AUGAUUUAAAGUUUUAUGCCUUACUAUUUUUUAAGGCGUAUGGAUAUAUUCGGGACUUAAAUAAGUCUUAAUUAUAACAAAGACAGUUAAUAUAGAACAUUUUUUGGAGGUAGUGUUGCUGCUAUUUGUAUCGCUUUAAUAGCCUUGCUUUGCUUUUCAACUGUUAAGACUCUUUUCGAGAAAAGUUAAGUUAGUUUUAUUCAAUCUACUACAUAUAGUGUUUAGCCUGAUAAUAUAAUUUUCGAUAACACCAACUAUAUGAUAGCAGUCUAAUAUGAUUAACCUAAUUUUGUAAAAAGACCAUAUUAUAAUAUAACAUUUGAAUAGAGGUAUUAUAAAAGGUUAAUGAAUGGGACUACUAUAAAAACUAAAACACCUAUACCACUCGAACCCUGCACAAUAGACCACUUUAUAAACCUUCCUAGCUAUGGCUAAAACUGGACAUAUACUUUUUAGUUGGAAGAUCUAUAAAAUUUUCUUUGUCUUAAAAAAGGAACUAAAUUUUAGAUUGGCGGCAUAUUUGAAAACGAAGAUUUUUACUUUGUUAAAUUCGCUGUAACUAAAUGCGUAAAUUCAACAGCUAAUCCUCUAAAUCCAUGGAACCCAGUUUGUGAAAGCCCUAGUGUGGUUAAAGCAAAUUAAAAUGAGGGCUCUAGGAUAAGAUUUUACCUUUCAAAUAAUUUUCUAAACCCAGAAAGAGCAGAAAACUCUAUAACUUCUUACUUAGAUUCUAUUCUUUUUAAUGUUUAAUAAGGCCUUAUGUAUACUACUGCAAACGUUUAUUUGAAUUCAUAGACUCUAAUUACAGAUGAAAGUAUUCUUCCUUUACCAGAUACAAACUAAAUAGAUUUGAUGUAAUAUAAGUUAUCCGAAACAUGGCAGUAGAAUGCAGUCGGAAAUUUUGAUAUUUUUUGCGAGAUAUAUUUCAGAAGAAGCUAUUAUACAACAGUAAUUCACAAAAGCUACUUAAAGCUAGUUUAAGUAAUCAGCUAUAUUGGAGGUUUUAGUUAGGUCUUUAUAUUAAUAUCUGCGUUUUUAGUUAGGAAGUAUAAUGGAUACAUUUUUGCCAUUGAAUUAGCAAAUAAAUUAUAUGAUUUUGAUAUACCAGAUGAUCCAAAUUAAAAAAAUCAUCGAAAAUCUGAUGUAAAAAGGAACAGUAUUUAUAAUAAUCAAAAAUCUUUAACAGAUUAAUAUGCUAUACGAAAAUAAACAAAUCAAAACUUAUAAGAAUACUAAGAGAGAAAAAAUGAUUAGACGCUUUCUUCAAUGCCUAAUAAAAUAGAAACAAAAUAGACUUUAAAUAAUAUCCAAGGGAUGAGCAAGCAGUAAACAACUAAGAAUUUUAGCAGUAUGUAAUUCUAUAGUACAAUUAAGCCUUCUUAGUUUAAUUAGCCCUCAUAACUUAAUUAACCCUCAUCAUUAAAUUAACCCUCAUAACUUAAUUAGCCCAUUUAAGAUGAUGUAUAAUAAUUUAUUCCUUUAGAUUAAAUUAGACAAGUUUUAAUGGAUAAAGGAUUAGGUUAAUAGUACUACAAAACAGACUAUUUUGCAGAAAAUAAUAAUCAGCUAACAACAAAUAAUAAAUAAAUUAAAGAAAAUAAUCCUACACAUAAUAUUACUACCCAGAACGAUUAAAAUUAGAUACAAAUAUAAGAAUUUAAAAAGUAUGCAAUUAACAAUAAUGACUCCGAUUAAAUAAUGUAAACUAAAGAUAAUAAAAAUUUAUAAGAAAAAGAAGAUAUUAGUUAGUUGGUACGAUAAGAUAAUGAAUUUAAUUUAGAUAAUUUGAAUAAACAUAAUUAAGAAGAGAAUGAUAAUUAGCGAAAAUAUAAAAGUUAAACAGGAUUUGAAUAAAAGAAUUUUUCUGGUUACUUAAAAUCAUUAACAAAGGCUGAUUCUUACUUUGAAAAAAAGUAAUCAGAUAUUUUACAAACUUAGCGUAGUGUCAUGAAAUUCAAUUAAUCAUCAAGAAAAAGUCUAUUUUAAUAUACUGAAAAUACUCCACAAGCUUAAGGCGCUAAGCCUUUUUCUUCAUUUGGAGCAUCAUCUAGAAAUAUUACAAAAAUAAUCUAAUAAAAAUAUGGGGGAGCCGCUGAACAGUUUUUAGAAAAGGAGUUUAAAAUAAUAAUUUAAAGAGAAAAAAAAAUCUGGCUUAAUUUCAAAUAUAUCAUAAAUUAAUUAACUUGUGGAAAAUUCUUCAAUAGUCCAAAUGUUAAAUUAAUAGAGAAAGCUAAAAACCUUGUAAGAGAUGAUUUAGAUAUUUUCAAUAUUCUUGAUAGGCAAAAAGAGCUAGAAAAAAUGAAGAAAUUAUUCUUUAGUGAGGACCAGCAAGUUCUUUUUAAUUUCUUCCCUAAGCCUAUAAUUUCAAUAAAUAACGAUAAUACAACACUCAGUUUGAAGUCAAUUAAGUAAGAAUAAAUGGAUCUCUAAAGAAGUAUCACUAAAGUUGAAAAGAAGAAGAGAAAGCUCAAUAUUUCAUUUAAAUAUCUAGCGACAAUAGCUAAAGCAAUAACUAAAUUUAAAAAGGGUAAAAAGGGCGUAACUUCAAAUUACUAAAAACUAUUUAACCACUAUUUAAAGCUUUCAUAAGAAAAUGAUGUGAAUAAUUCUUAGCAAGCUUUAAAUAAAAAGCUUAUUGAUCUUCUUGGAGAUGAAAUGAGAAGUAUUUUUGAAGUUGCCAAAAGAAUGCAGUAAAGGCCAAGAGAAUACAGCAUGACCCCAUAAAACUAACUUUAAUCAGAUAUAUUUAUGAAGAAUUUAAGAUCUUAAAAAACAGAAAAUUAAUUUAACACUGACUAGAAUCAAAAUAUGUAAGAAUCAAAUUAAAUAAUAGAAAAUAACUAGAAGCAAAUUAAGCCUAAAAGUAUCCAUUCAGGUAUUUUUGAAGAUUUGAUGAAGCAAAACACUAUUUAAAAUUAUUAAAACGAGAAUAUAACUUAAAAAAUUAUAGAUCCUAGUAGCAUUGUUAUUUAGUUUGAGGAAAAUAACUCAGAUGAAAAAAUAUAAGAUAGUAAAGAUAAAGAAUAAAAUCAGUGA